AACUGGUGUUCGUACGACACUGUUGGCGACCGAUAGUGUUUGUUGUUGCCUCGGCUAAGGGAGACACGUGUUGGGUGGGUGAACUACCUUGCCUCGGCUAUAUUUAAAAUGGAGACGGGAAAGAUAACAUUACAAGAGUUUCAGUUGGUAUAUGAAAAGGACAGUUCAAAUUUGUCAGCAAAGAAAAAGAACAAGAAGAAGCCAAAUGAAGGUUGUUCAGUAGAGGGUCAAGUCGAGAUCAUCAAGAUGGAUCCUCAAGAGCUGGAAAUUGACUUCGUUGGAUUUCACCUUUCUCUUAUAAAUGCCUACAGAAGAAUUAUACUUGCAGAGGUUGCAACAAUAGCAAUAGAGAAGGUGGACAUAUUCAACAACACCAGCAUCGUCCAAGAUGAAGUGUUAGCUCACAGACUUGGCCUUGUUCCUCUCAAGGUUGAUCCACGAUACUUCGAGUUUCAAAACAAAGAGGAGACAGAGUGGGGAGCUCAAGAUUCUGUUCAGUACAAGCUUAAUGUACAAUGCACUAAGAACCCCCAUGCUCUUGGUGAUGAGACUGACCCAGAUACUUUAUACUUAAAUAGAAAAGUAUUGUCAUCAAGUCUGAAGUGGGUCCCUCUAGGUAACCAGACCGAUAUCUUCCAGGAAACCAGUAUGCAGCCCCUUCAUGAUGAUAUUUUAUUGGCCAAGAUGAAUGCUGGACAUGAGAUCCAUUUGAAUGCCUAUGCUGUUAAAGGUAUUGGUAGUGACCAUGCCAAGUUCCAGCCAGGGUUGGCUUGGUAUCGUCUCUUGCCUGAGAUAGAAUUAACACGAGAAGUGGAAGGUGAACAGGCAGAACUGCUUCAAAAGUGUUUUUCCUCUGGAGUAAUCAAUGUUGUUACUACCCCAGAAGGGAAGAAAGUAGCACGAGUGAACGAUGCCCGCAAUGAUGCUUGUUCCAGAAAUGUGUUCCAGUAUGACAGUAUCAAAGACUCUGUGAAGCUGACAAGGAAAACAGAUCAUGUUAUUUUUUAUGUAGAAUCACACAGUGCACUGAAGAGUUUUGAAAUUCUUGAGGAGUCCGUGAAUAUCAUGAUUGGGAAAUGUGACUUACUGCUGGCAGAAAUUGACAAGUAUACCGAUAGUGACGUAGGGAACUAGGCUGUUUAUUAUUGUCCAUGAAAACCAUAAUAAAAUAAGUCCAUAUGAAUCAUU